AUGGCAAGCUAUGAAAGUGAACAUGCUCGCGAUGAGGUAGACCACUCGAAAGGUCCUCCGAGAAGACCAGACAUGUCUUCCAUCAUCAGUCUACUUGCCGAAAUCAGACCCGAAAGCCCUGAAAGUCGCACACGAGAACAUGCCGUCCCACUCCCAGGUGAUGUCUCAGCAGCCUUUCGUGGCCUUGCUGAGGCAUACCAACAAAUGCAGAGAGACAAUGAAAAUGCAGAUUCAGACUUGAUGGAAAAUAUGAUCGAAGCGCUCAUGAGCUCGGCGGAGAGGCCACCUCAGGAGGUCAAGGGCGUGGAUGAAGAAUAUAUCGCUGCUCUCGAACGAGUCAACAUCAAAAAGGUCAAGAAAGAUGCGGACUGUCCAAUAUGUGGAAAUGAUUUUGUCGAUGAUACACAUCCACUCUUGGUCCGACUGCCUUGUCAUACAAGCCAUGUCUUCGAUCUGGAAUGUAUCCGCCCCUGGCUAUUACUAAAUGGUACUUGCCCUCUUGAUCGAGUGGACCUCGCUCAACGGGAGAGAGAUCGCAAGAAGGCUCAUCUCGAAAGCAUCAAGAAAAACGCAGCCCCCGAGGAUGAUGAGGAAGAGUGGGAUGGUCUCUAUGGCUAG